UUUGGGCCAAGGGCUCAAUGAAGCUCUUCUUCAACUGUUGGAACACACAGCGGGGACCCUUCAGUCCACCUGCCAGCAGCUGUACAUAUUACUUGACAAGGAUAAUCAACAUAUCUGGAGACAAGAAAUUAUUGCUUUCAUAGACUGCCUCAUGAAAAUGAAUGAACAUUUGGGGAACACUGCCAUGCUUCUACGGAGAGAAGAAAAAGAGAUGUGUAAUUUAUGCAGCAUGCAUGAGGACCGUACUCCACAGCAGACAAUAUCGGCCAUUCAAGACACCAAAGCAACAGACAUUGCUCCAAGAAGGGAACUAAAUGUCAUGGAAACAGCCACUGUUUCUCCUGCAAAUGCAGGGGAAAGUCAUUACACAAACCAGGUCCAGUUAAAAGAAAAUAAAACUCAGAUAUAUUCUGAAUUAGGGGGAAACGAAAACAAUGCAUCAUUGAGUGGAAAUGUGAUAGGGCAAGAAGAAUCACAGAGCACUGUGUUCCCAGAUAAUGCAGAAAAUGAAGAUGAAAAACAAAUAGAACACAUGACUGCUGAGAACAUAAAUGGCAACAAGGGAGACAUUCAUGAUGUAAUCCAGACAACAGCAAGAGACACUCGAGAGAUCUCCGAAAGCCAAGGGGAAGAGAUUACCACAUCCCCAACAGCAUGCGAUGUCUCCAGUAAGAACGGGAAGAGUCUUCAUAAUGAGUCAGAGAGUCUAAAACAAAAGAAUAACAUAAUGGAAAAGGAGUAUCUUGACGUGAUGAGUGAUGGAGCUGACCCUCAAGUGUCUUGUUACAUCACAGCCCCAUUGCAUGUCCUGCAGCAGGUUGACUGCCACAUAGUGAACGGCAUGAGUUCCUUUAUAGUGAGUGAUAACGAAGAGUUGGUCAGCAAUGUCGUCAUUGUUGAAUGCUCCGAUAAGGAAAAGAAAAUUCCAUUCCCAAUAUGCAUUGCAAUUCCAUUCAAGGCAAACUACAAGGGAAAUUACAGAGACAUAAUGGUGAAAAUGUCUGACACAACCUUUCAGUCAAGCUACCUAAUUCCAAAUUCACUGGAAAGAAUGAGGGGUGGUUGUAAGGGAGCUUGUGCUGUCGUGAACAUUUACAAGUUGGGUAUGUUUUCAGUGGUGUCAUGUUUAAAGAAACAGUCUUUCACGGUAACGAAAAAAGGGCUCACUCUGAAGUCAACUGUGGAUGCCCGAGUAUCCUUCAGUUAUCCUGCAGGAGUUUUCAGCUCACCAGUGCUUGUACAGCUAAAGAUUCAGCCAGUCGAUCCUUCUCUGGUGUCGUAUGUAAAAGCACAUCAAGAUUCUUCCUAUUCAGUACAGUCCACAAGUCCUCUUAUUCACAUCCAGCAUCCAUCCACACAUCCUUUUCAGAGACCAGUCACAGUGUUCCUGCCGUCUUCCCCUCUCCCUGAAAAAAAGAAUCUUGAGUCCGGACAAGAUCACAGGAGACCAGAGAGUGCCGCAAUGCACAGAAGCGUGCCAACACCUUCAUACUUCAACAGGCCAAAUUCUGAAGAAACACAGUGUGAGAUGAGAGGGCAAGUGACUGUUAAGAAAAGUAACUUUUUUCUUGGGUCUGUGGUAUUUCAAUGCUUCUUAUUCCCCUUGAGUCUUGCUUCUUUCCCUUCGCACAGGUUUAUUGUGCUCCACCUGUCUUCCACAGUGGAAAAUAGCCACUUGGUUUCUUUUGUGAAGUCUUUAGAGGAAGCCUCCCUCAGCACCACGGCCUGCAUUGUUCUGUCCCACCAGAAGGACAAUCCACAUAGAGUGGUUAUUUUAGUGGUACCUUCUAAGGAGUUAAAUCUGGCACUGAAGAACUUGCGCUCGGAAGGGUUUGGAGGACUUCCAGAAUCAUCUAGACAUUUCCAAGUAAGAGAAGGAGAACAACUUCUUUUAAGGUUUACUGGAAACAUAUUUGGCUCAAGCAAUGGGAAGGAUUAUGGGAAAGACUACAAACUCAUUUUCCACCUGCAACGAAAACCGAGGCUAGAACUCCACAUCAAAGAGGUGGAUGAAUUUGGGAACUAUAGCUGCCCUCAUUAUAAAGGUGCCAUUGUGGUUUAUAAGUUACCCAGAGAGAAGAUUGUCCCUAGCUUGGAUCAAUCCCUUCAUGAAAAUCUUUACCAGUUGCCAGUUUGCAAAUUACCAUUGAAAUUGCCCAAGCACGAAAAAGUAAUCAACCGACCACAGAGCACCAAAAGAGUGUCCACAGACCCUCUAGAGGCUCUUUGGGAUAAUUUACUUCACUGGUUGGCAGAGGAGCUCUCUGAAGAAGGUGUCGAGAUCCUCACUGCCUCCCUUCCUCUGCGCCUCAGCACAGUUCAGCUCAUCAAACUCAAGCACCCAGACGAUCUGACAGAGCAGAUCCACGACCUGCUUUGCUUCUGGAAACGAUCACUCCCGACUUCCAUGGACAAAAUUCGCCUCCUGGCUCGCCAUCUCCGCAAGCUAGGCCGGGGUGAUCUUGCAGAAGAGCUCAAGUUCAAGUGGGAGCAUAAGGUGUUCAUGGAACGUCAGCCCUGGGUGGAUGUGGCUGCCGAUUGAAGGUGUGUUGAUUCUUCUUUUACCCGAGAAAAUGACUCAUGGAUUUUAAAGACUGGGUGUCAACUUUUUCCAGUUACUAAGACAGUUUGAAGUGAGUUGACUUGGUAUUGAAGUGAUUGGAGGAAACAAAGGAGACUCCUCAAACAACUAAAGGCAUCUCUGGGCGUCUGCACCUUCAGUGAUGACUGAUAUGCUUUCUGUAACUAAUAGCACCAGGGGUUCACAACUAAGCUUACAGGCAUUUGCAGCAGAGUUUUCCCAGUGUCUUAGUUACGGUUUCUGUUUCUGUGAAGAGACACCAUGAGCAUGGGAAUUCUUAUAAAGGAAA